CAAGAAAUGAUCCCUCUCGCUACCUUUUCGACUUUCCUCUGUAUUCUACACCUGAGCGGAGUCAAAGCGCAAGCCGACAACGCUGCGUCCGAGUUUUUCCUGGCGUACAGCAAAAACCACCGCUUCGGCUACUACGACACUCUAUCACUCGUCAUCAGUACCGCCGAAAGCGAGCCCGUUGGGUACGAGGUGUACUCUCCCUACGGAUACUAUACGAGCGGCACCGUGUAUCCCUCGUCUUACGCUUACCUCUACCCCUACUCGUCUCUAACGGUCAACUCGGACACCGAGAGGAAUAAAGGGAUACGGGUGAGAGCUACUGACCCCAGCAAGACCCUCGUUGUCAGUGGAAUGAACUAUGAAAGUUAUACGGUCGACAGCUUUCUAGCUCUACCAACUGGUCCAGUCAGGGAAGAGUACACCUAUAUCUCCAACUCUAUGCUGUGGACCAAUAGAACAGGAGAUACCUUCCCUUCACUGAUACUAAUAGUCGGCACCCAAGACAACACAGUUCUAACAAUAACUCCCACAGAGUAUGUCGUCAUUCCCUAUGAUCUGAGAGACCCGAACAGACCCCCAAUACUUUGUACAUCCCGGACAAUCAUACACCGUCACGCUGAAUGCACUGGAAACCUAUCAGAUAGAGAGCAAUCUUGACCUAACUGGCUCCAGGAUCGUGUCCAACAAACCACUCUCGGUGUUUGCAGGUCACGAGUGUACAGACGUCCCUGGGGCAGUGGCUUAUUGUGACCACCUCUUUGAGCAGGUCCCACCGACCAAUACUUGGGGGAGGUUCUUCUUUCUCGUGCCGUCUGAAUCUUCCUAUCGAACUUCUCCAGAGUGGUACAGAAUAGUUUCCUCCAAGCCGUCUACAACCGUCUCAAUCACAUGUUUUUCACUGGAGGACUCCCUGCAUUCAUUCUCCUACCACGCCUACAUCGGACCAGUGGGUGGCUUUGAGCAGUUUCAAAUGGAGCGAGACAACUACUGCUACGUAUCAGCAGACAAACCAGCGCUAGUCAUGCAGUAUGCAUACGGCGGCUCAGUUAACAAUGGACACGGGGAUCCCUUCAUGAUGAUGAUAUUACCCAACGAACAAUACGUCACCAAUGCCACCAUCCAGUUCUAUGCGUUUUCCGGUUUCAUCAGUGACAUAACGAUUGUGGUGCUACAGCAAACGUCUCCCUCCAAUAGUGUAUUACUGGACAGUGUUCCCUUAGUCUCUGACUGGGUGCCACUCUACUGCGCCGAGGGUGAACUGUGUGGCUACACACUCCGCUGGGAGAUUAACAACGGGUUUCACUCUCUGAGACACACCAGCAACCUUGUACCAGUGGCAGUGUAUGUGUACGGGUUUGGAUCCUAUCAAGGAUAUGGCCACCCUGCUGCAAUGGCACUCAAAAACCUGGAGGUGUUGGAGUGCAGUGAUGGAGGAGUGAGACUGGCGGACGGAGACACGUCCACAGAGGGGAGGGUGGAGGUGUGCCAGGGGGGAGUCUGGGGAACCAUCUGCAACGACCACUGGUCACAGGCUGAUACUGACGUUGUCUGCGGAGAACUGGGGCUUCUAUCAUCUGGUGUAACGGACCGGUUCUAUGGAGAGGGGGAGGGUCCAAUACUGCUGGAUAAUGUGGAGUGUCUAGGAGUGGAGUCCACGGUCCUGGAGUGUCUCUAUGACACCCAUACCUCUGACUGCUAUCACAGUCAGGAUGCUGGAGCCGUCUGCCUCCCUUAUCCAGAGCCAGUAGUUGAGUUGCAGCAGAGUCCACCAAACAUGACCCAAUACUUUGCCGGCUACGACCUCACCCUCUCCUGCCUUGUGUCAGUCAGUCCAGAGGUGGUGGGUCGAGUUAGCGUGAUUGCCACGUGGUCCAAGGAUGACAGGGAGUACAGUAACAACUGGGACUCACGUAUUUCCGUGUCUCCUGCUGCACUUACGAGUGAAGGAGUGUAUGAAACUAGUCUGGCUUUUUCUCCACUGGAUUCUAGAGACACAGGCACCUAUCAAUGUAUGGCUGUCCUCACUAGCUACACAGGAGUACAUCUUGCCAAUGCUACGGUCACCACCUCACUAACAGUAGAAGAUUUGCCAAAGAUAUUUGUUCAACUGCAACUACUUGGAAUCGAGAACUGUUACGAGUGGAUGCAAAGUGCCACAGGAGGUGUUGAACAGUCAGUUGUAGCCUCAGUCGGCACAGGAGUAGAGAACCUCUGUGACUGUGGAUUCUCUGCCAAUAACAUACAGCAGAUCAUCUUACAGUGUUACCCUGACAAUCUGGCCAAGAUUAAUCUCCUCGUGUUGCUGCAGGCAACUCCUUCCAAAACUACCUCCGAGAUAGUGGGCUAUCUCAACACAUGGAUAGCUAGUGGUCCUCAGAUUGUACUGGAUGAGAGAAAUACAACAGUCAGUAUCAAUGGAGAGUGUGACGUUACGGUCAUACAGGGAUCAGAGUGUUCUACACAAUCUCCUCCGACUUCGCCGUCGUCCCCCCAGACUUCAAUGCCAUAUCCUUCCCCCAGCCCCUCUAAUCCACCCACUAAUGAGAACCCUGAUGGUCCGGGUGUGUCGACGGCCGCACAGUCAUCAAACGGCAGAGACCUGACUGGAGCAGGAGGGGCAAUGAUUGCUAUAGCCCUCGUUGUUGUUUUGGUGUGUACUGUGAUUGUUAUAGCUGUACUGGUGAGGUACCGGGUCAUCAACGUUCGUUCAUUCUCCUUACAUGAUCGAUUUCAUCGACUUCGUGAUAUUCGCAUCCUCUACCGAAAAGCAAAAGUACCCGAGCAGUUUGAAGGGGAUAAGGAAGAACUGACAAAAGAUGAUGGGUCAGGGAAAUAGCUAUAAUAUAGCAACUGUUCACAGUCGCUUUUUGCAAUAUUGCAGGUGUGAAGAGCCUACAGUAGUUGUGGAUCCUGCCUUGACCGAUCAAAACACAGCAACAUAAUUCCAACUAACUUCUUCUACGUAGUGUAUUAUUGGCGAUCGGGAGCGGUAUAAUUAUCGUUCGUAAGUGCGCAUGCGCGGUUUUGUACUCACAUUUUCACACACG